AACAAAAACAAAUCCAAAAUAUCUGACAACUAUUUCAUCAUUUCAUCAAUUCAAAUCUAACCUUCCUAACUUGAAAUUUCCAUCACACUAACAAUAACCAUGUCUUCAAUCACCACCAAAUUCCUCUUCCCCCUUCUCUUCCUCCUCUUCUCUCUCAAAUCAUCAUCAUCACAUGCUUCUUCAAUUCAACACCACCAACACCAACACCAAGUUCAACAAGAUGAGAAGCUAUCAGCCUAUGAUGUUCUCCAACAAUACGGUUUCCCGGUCGGUCUUCUCCCAAAGGGUAUAAUUGGCUAUGCACUCAACAAAGAAACCGGUGAGUUCGCUGCAUACAUGGAUGCCACGUGUUCGUUUUCUAUUGAAGGUUAUACCCUAAAGUACAAGUCCACCAUAACCGGUGUUAUAACACAAGGUAGGCUCUAUAAUCUUAAGGGUGUUAGUGUUAAGAUUCUUCUCUUGUGGCUCAACAUAGUUGAAGUCAAACGUGACGGCGAUGAGAUUCAAUUCUCUGUUGGUAUUGCUUCUGCCAAUUUUGGAGUUGAAAAUUUCUAUGAGAGUCCUCAGUGUGGCUGUGGAUUCGAUUGUGUCACUGUUAACACUCUUCCCCUCUCUUCAAUUUAAUUCAACAUUUUGCAUUUUAAUUAA